AUGUCUCCAUACUGGUUGGUCUUCAGAAAAGCUUGUCAUCUUACGGUGGAACUUGAACACAACGCCAUGCGGGCUCUAAGGAAAUUGAAUCUUGAUUGGGAGGUCGUCGCCAACUUGAGGGUUGCACAUAUUAAUGAGUUGGAUGAGUUCCGAUACCAUGCAUACACAACAAAAGGGAACUACGGCCGCACAAUUACAGUGCGGACUGCACAAAUUGAAAAGGGAGAAUGCAAACUCUUUGAAGUUUGGUUUGUUAGAGAAAUGGCAAAAAUAAUGGUUAGAUCUCGAGGCAGUGGAGAUACUUCAAUGAAGAGGGGUGAACUUUCCAGGGGCCGAGGCAAGAGUACUUUACCCCUCUCCCUCAAAAAGAUAAUCACCAAGAAGGCAACAAGCGGUCAAGGAAGAAAUACAGAGCCCUCCGAAUCCAGUUUGUAUGCCCUAUCUAGGGAAGCAUCGGAGGAUGAUUCAGUUCAAGAGUAG